AUGGCUCCUGUGCAGACUGUUAACGACUUCAAGGCCGUCGGUGCCCUGUCCGGUGCUACUCAGCGCAAGGUGGAGCCUGUUGGCCCUCACUUCCUUGCCCACGCCCGCCGCAUGCGCCACAACCGUACCUUCUCCGAGGACGAGGCUAUCCAGGCUCAGCACAACGUCAAGAAGACCGAGGACGACGAGGACGAUGAUAUCUCCGAGGAUGAGGACCCCAUGAUGCUCUCCCGUGACGCUAAGGACUGGAAGGCCCAGGAUCACUACGCCGUUCUCGGUCUGCGCAAGUACCGCUGGCGCGCAACCCCCGAGCAGAUCCGCCGUGCUCACCGCAAGAAGGUUCUCCGCCACCACCCCGACAAGAAGGCUGCUAGCGGCCAGCGCGAUGAGAACGAUAGCUUCUUCAAGUGUAUCCAGAAAGCCACUGAGUUGCUUUUGGACCCAGUUCGCCGUCGCCAGUUCGACUCCGUCGACGAGGCCGCUGAGGUUGAGCCUCCCACCAAGAAGCAGGUCCAGAAGGGCAACAUGUACAAGCUCUGGGGGCCCGUAUUCAAGGCCGAGGGUCGCUUCUCCAACAAGCAACCCGUUCCCCAGCUCGGUAACGAAGACAGCACCCAAGAGGAGGUCGAGUCCUUCUACAACUUCUGGUACGCCCUCGACAGCUGGCGCUCAUUCGAGUACCUGGACGAGGAUGUGCCCGAUGAUGGUGAGAGCCGUGACCAGAAGCGUCACGUAGAGAAGAAGAACAACAACGCCCGCCGUAAGCGCAAGGCUGAGGACAAUGUCCGUCUCCGUGAGCUGGUUGAUGAGUGCCUUGCUCAAGACGAGCGUAUCAAGAAGUUCCGCCAGCAGGCCCGUGCCGGCAAGGACGCCAAGCGCAAGGCUAAGGAGGAAGAGACCCAGCGCCUGCUGGAAGAGAAAGAGCGCAAGAAGGUCGAGGCUGAACAGGCCAAGAAGGAUGCCGAAGAGGCUGCUAAGGCCGAGCGCGAAAAGAACAAGAAGAACAAGGAAGCAGCCAAGAACGCUUCCAAGAAGAACAAGCGUGUUGUGAAGGGUGCCGCCAAGGACGUAAACUACUUCGCCUCCGGCGAGGCUACCGCUGCCCAGGUUGACUCUGUCCUCAACGGUGUCGAUCAGAUCUUGACCAAGAUUGACGUCGAUGAGCUUGCUACUCUCGCUGAGCGUCUGACUCUCGCCGGCAAGGACGGUGCUGCUGUUAAGGCUGUCUAUGCUGGUGAGGCCAAGCGUCUUGUUGAGGCUGGCAAGCUCAAGGAUGGCGAGGUUACUGCCUUUGCUUAA